UAAUGAAGAGGUUAGAGUGUGAGGUGUGAGUCUGACUGUCACUGUCUGUGGGUAUAACUAUAACCUAGUACUAGAGCUAGGUAUAACCAUGACCGUUCUGCCAGCAAAGGUGAAUAUAAAUUUCAGCAUGUCUGAGUGGUUCUGAGAGACUUGGUAAUUGAUCAUAUUCAACCAAAUAGGCUACGAAAUAAAACGUGGAGCAGAAAUAUGGCAUAUCUCUCACUCUGCUGCGAUGCAAACGGAAACGUGUAUAAUGACGUCGUGUGCAGUGUGUGCUUUAACAAGGAGGUAAAAACCAGUUUGACAGAAAAGUACAAGUUAGCAGAAAACCUACAACUUGCCUGCCAAGAUAAUGACGUUUCGACUGUUAAAAAUUUGCUGUCUACUACUGUUCAUCUCUGUUGUUUCCAUAGUGUCUAUGUAAUUGUACAGGCAGCCAUUGAAGAGGUUUGUCACCUUGGUAAUGUGAAGAUGCUAGAGGUACUUUUACAAUAUAGUGUCAUCGAUAAUGACAUAUUUAACUCUGCCAUGCACGUGGCAUGUGCAAAUAACCAAUUAGAUGCAGUGAAAUUGCUGAUGCGUCAUGGCUUUGAUCCUGAUAUGUGCAUGGUGUGUGAUAGAGGGCAUGGCGAUAUAGUCGAUGCUCUUAUUCUCAGUGGAGGCAUUGACGGUCUUAUGCCUCUGCGUCUGCGAGAUGAGAGCUGUCGGCCGCAGUCCUUGUUGCAUAUGGUGCAAAGAGCUGAAACAGCGAGAAUUCUUAUUCAUCAUGGCGCUGACCCAAACAUGGUCGAAGCAAACAAUCGCCACUUCUCGCCCCUGCACAAGGCGUGUCUAAACAGAAGCGUCGAUAUCGUGGGAGUGUUGCUGGAGAGUGGAGCAAUCGUUAACGCAGUCGCCAGCGCUAAGGAGACGCCGCUGCACGUUCUGCUUCGAGACAGCUACAGGAACAGCGAGAAUACGUCACUGCUGCCCAUAGCGAAGCUGCUGCUAGACGCCGGCGCUGACGUGCGAGCGUUCGACGAGAGCGACGAGACAGCCCUGCACAUCGCGUGCAAGCGCGGCCUACCCGACCUCGUAGACUGCCUGCUGCGAUGCGGCGCCGACAUGGACGCGCGGUCGGCGACGUUGGACACGCCGCUGCACAACGCGUGCUGCGUGCCGGCGAUCUCGCUGCGGCCGCCGCACGACGGCCGACACACGGCCAUCGUGCGCACGCUCGUGAAGCACGGCGCGGCGCCGCGGGCGGCCAACUGCGACGGCGCCACGCCGCUGUACUUGGCGGCAAAGUGGCUGUACGGCGACGGCGGCGUCGCGCGAGCGCUGCUGGACGGCGGCGCCGACGUCGACGUCAGGGAGCGGCGCCGCGGCGAGACGCCGCUCAUGCUGCUCUGCCGCAGACUCGAGGAGAGCCGCUGCGGCCUGCUGCCGUUCAGAAGCGCCGCCAGGGAGCGGCACGUGCGUGCGGCGAGGAUCGGCCUCGUCUGGAUGCUGCUGCACGAGGGUGCGCACGUCGAUGCAGCGGACGCCGGCGGACGCACGCCGCGCGACGCUCUGGCGUCGGCCCGCCGCAGGGUGAUGCUCGACCCGGACGACUGCCACCUGCUGGACGACCUCAGCAACGCCAUGGAGAAGCGAUAUCACCUGAGUCUGCAGUGCCAGGCGGCGCGCGCCUUUGUGCAACACGGGCUGCCGACAGAGAUGCUGAAUCGUCUGCCGGCCGUGCUUGCGGAAUUAGUACGUCUGCAUGUUACGGCGCCAGAGGCGGAGUCAAGGGAGGGUGCUGAUAGUGGGUGCUGCAACUCAGACGACUGGGGUGACAUUAAAAGCACAGACGAUGAGAACAGUGACAGUGGCGAUGAGGACAGUGACUGGGAAAAUGAGUUAGGGGCACCCAAUGAGUGA